AUGGAUCCUUUAGGUCAGAUAGAUGUUGAGGAUUACUCUAAGUCGACUCGAGACCUUGAGCGUCUUAUCGAUAGGGCUAGGGCUGUGGCUGUGGUGGCUGAAGCCCGACCAAUCAAAUUUAGCUUUGGUGCAUGUGGCAGACGGACUCAGAACUAUCGGACGCACGUAACUCGGAUCCUUUACGGUUGCUGCCGAUUCUCACAUGAUGAUAAUGAGACACUCAAGACGGCCUCCGUAGAGCUUGUGCCGCUCCGUGGCCAUAAGCUACACCCUCACAAUGGAACUCGGAGCAUAAGGCACAGCCAGAGAGCUGAGCGUGUGCUCCUCAGUCUUGAACGCGGUGAAAACAUGAAGUUCUCUCACAGUAUUCAAUUCAAUGCUGUCCCUGAUUGGAGUGGUAAUUACAUCAACUAUAGCAAUCUUAAGAAAUUAAUAUACCAGCUUGAAAAGUCAAUCAAUCAAUCUUCCACCCAAGCCCCCGAUGCCGAGAUCUCGCCUCUGCUUGAUCAGGAUGAUCCUGAUACGGUCUUCAGACGCUCCCUCGAUCAAGACUUGGAAAAGAUCUGUUCGUUCUAUCAGUUGAAAGAGUUGGAGAUUUAUGGCGAAGUUGGCGGGCUGGUCAAAGAUGGGGAAACGUUCGAAGCGGAAUCAGAUGGUAUUGACGUUAAUCAGUAUGAUGGACAAGCAGAAUCAAUUGGUAGGCCUCGUCGUGGAAGUAUCUUUGGAAGAUUUAGCAUGAGUGGCAGAAAAAGGCGGACCAGCACCAUGAGCGCAUCGACUAUAGAAGAGCGAGAGGAAGAUAGUGAUGAGGACCCAAAUGAAAGGACGGCAAUGAACGAUAGUGCACUUUUCAAAGACCGCCGAAAAACAUACGAUGUGAACAUGGGACAGAGCGUGGACGACUUGAGAUCUUCAAGAGAGCUGCCACUUACGAGAAGGAAAACUGUGCAGGCUGCCGACGACAUCGAAUACCAUGAUCAGCCAUACAGUGGCAUUGUUGCUUCUGGGGUCACCUUGAAAAAGCGCACCAUCAAUCUGUAUGUGUCUUUGUGCGAGUUGAAAUCAUUCAUACAAUUGAAUAAGACCGGCUUUACUAAAGUGCUGAAAAAAUACGACAAGAUACUCGACCGAAGUCUUAAGCAGCAAUACUUGAAAGAUAGCGUGUCACCGGCCUAUCCUUUUCGCAUGAAGACCAUGGAGCACGUCGACGAAAAUAUUCAGCGAGUGGAACAAAUCUACGCAGACAUAGCUGCUAAUGGCGACGUGUCCAAGGCAAGGCGAGAAUUACGAUUGAAUCUACGAGAGCAUGUCGUUUAUGAACGCAACACUGUGUGGCGAGAGAUGAUCGGUAUAGAAAGGAAAGCGCAAGCUGCCAACUUUGGCGUGCGCAGAACCUUACUCGGUGGUGAUCAAGAUCCAGCAAAAGUCAGGCUGCAGGGUGACGAGCAUGACGAGCUGAGCACCAAGGAAUUUGUCACGCCAAUUGGGAAAUAUAGAUGCCCGACAUGGCUCUUCAAUCCGACGUUCUUCUAUCUGGUCGUCAUCCUCGCAGUCUUUGUAGUCCUCUUGAUCGUGCCAAUCAUGAAGAAGCCAGAGCAGCAGAAUUGCCUUGCAAUGUUGAUAUUUGUCAGUUUGAUGUGGGCGACAGAGGUCAUCCCUCUUUUCGUCACGUCAAUGCUCGUUCCUUUCCUUUGCGUCGUCCUCCAAGUUGUCCGAGAAGAUCGAAAGCCUCACGCUAGACUGGACCCUCCGGCCGCCGCCAAAUAUGUAUUUGCUUCGAUGUGGACGCCAGUCAUCAUGCUCCUUCUUGGAGGCUUUACUAUUGCAGCUGCUCUCUCGAAAUUUCAUAUAGCUAAAUUCCUAGCCACGUUUGUUCUUAGCAAAGCAGGCACUCGACCCCGGACUGUUCUGCUCACAAACAUGUUUGUUGCUCUGAUCCUCAGUAUGUGGAUCAGCAAUGUAGCAUCACCUGUUCUAUGCUUCUCGAUCAUACAGCCACUUCUUCGAAAUCUCCCUACGGACUCUAAUUUCAGCAAAGCACUCAUCCUAGGCAUUGCUCUUGCCUGCAAUCUUGGAGGUGCAGCAUCUCCUAUUGCAAGCCCACAGAACAUCAUUGCCUUGCAAAAUAUGCGUCCUCAACCCUCCUGGGGAAUCUGGUUCUUCAUCGCCCUGCCUGUCUGCAUUGUCUCCCUCAUCAUGAUCUGGAUUCUCCUCUUGAUCACAUUUCAGCCCGGAAAAGGAACUAAUAUUGUGCCAAUUCGACCAAUGAAAGACAAAUUCAGCGGCGUGCAAUGGUUCAUCUCGGGCGUCACCAUCCUGACGAUUAUAUUAUGGUGCGUGACGCAUCAACUAGAAGGUGUAUUCGGAGAUAUGGGAAUCGUUGCCAUCAUUCCCAUCGUCCUCUUUUUCGGCACUGGAAUCUUGACAAAAGAAGACUUCAACAACUUCCUCUGGACCAUCAUAAUCCUGGCAGCUGGUGGUCUAUCUCUUGGUAAAGCCGUGUCUUCUUCUGGUUUGUUGCAUACCAUUGCCGGCGGCAUAACAGAGAAAGUGGCGGAUAUGAGUCUUUAUGGUGUUCUAGUCGUGUUUGCGGCUCUAAUUAUGGUUGUUGCAACAUUCAUAUCCCACACGGUUGCUGCUCUCAUCAUCCUGCCAUUGGUGCACCAAGUUGGAGCUGGGAUGGCGGAACCGCAUCCGAAUUUGCUUGUGAUGGGGAGCGCCCUAAUGUGCUCAUUUGCUAUGGCCUUGCCUACGAGUGGGUUUCCUAACAUGACUGCUAUCAUGAUGGAAGACUCGCAAACAGGACAACGCUAUCUAAUGGUCAAACAUUUCAUCUCAAGAGGUGUACCGGGUAGUCUGAUCUGCUUCGCUGUUGUGAUUAGUCUUGGAUAUGGGCUAUUACUUGUAGCAGGAUUGUAA